GUUGAGCGAAAGUGAAUGUCUUCUAUGGCUUCUACAGGGAGACCCAAUAAACCAGAAGGACUUUGCACAUGGACGUUUCACAGCGUGUGUCUCUCGUGACACAGCCGGAAAAAGCACACAGAAGCCUACUGACUGAGGACUGUCUGAAUAUAAAGUGUGUUGUAUGUGAAAGGUAAGCUGUGGCUCGCUGAUAUGGAAGUGAAGAGUAUUCUGCGGAGGACACAGUCUCUGAAGAGCGUCCACACUGACAAGACACUGUCUGUAAAUGAGGUGGGACUCAGGGAGAGAAAGAAAUCUGUCUCUCAGCUCGUGGCACAAUAUCAGGUCUCAGCGAAAGGAAAGAAAACACAAUCAGAGCAUGACAAGCAAAAGAACUCUCCAGUACCUCUGCCUGUACCUGCCCCUGCUCCUGUCCCUGAGACAGUGAGAGACCCAGAGCCAGACCCCCCGGAGACCCCAAGGAUGAGCCGCGGGAUGAGGGAGCGCUCCAGGUCCCUGAGCGAGAGGCAGCCCCUGUCUCGCGCCAAGUCCAUGGAGAUACUGCCCCGUGGUGGGGGGACACCAGGGGGUACCAGUGCGCUCAGGGCACUCUUUGAGUCACAGGUCAUGACCCCAAGAGAGCGGAAGCGUGGUGGUGAGCCCCACAACACCGCCCCAGUGAACAGGGACACACAGGUCAAGCUGGAGGUUGAGGACACGCAGGAAGCGGACAAACAGGUAGAGGAAGUGAAGAAGAACAGUACCCAUGAUCCUCAGCCACUGAUGAGUGAGGAAGAGGAGGUGACCCCAAAGGCUGCAAGGAGGACCCGUUUAGAAAGGCGGAAGACUGUAUCUGGUGUGUAUCUCGACCGGACGCACCAAACAUCAGAGGACAAAGAGAAGAGGAGAUCUACUGCAGACUUCAGGGACAGUGACUUUGUCUACAGACAGGAGAAAUCGACCAUUUCCGUCAAAGCCAUGUCUGCGCUCUUUCAGUCGAAAGUGGAAACUGCAGAAACCUCAGGAAAUCUCCUGAAACAGGAAAUGGAUUCAUUAAACCCUUCUGGAAAAAGACCAAAAGCAAUUAAGAUGACAGAAGAUACCCAAUCUUUCAAAAAUGACGUUUCCGAGACACACCUGACAGGCAAUCCAUCACAGCGUGCUGCCAAAAGACCUCAGGCUCAGAGUGCAAACAUGACCCCAGCUCCCACGCGCCCCUGCCUCUCACCUACCCCGCCCUCUAAAGAGGCAUUCUCUGCAUUAUACCAGCAGCGCCAGAAAUGUGAACUAAAACGUCUCUUGAAGCACACUUGCCCUGAGCUUGGGAGCCUGGAUGGGGUGGUGGACGAGGAGCUUGCUGAUGUCUGGGGGCCUGAGUGCACAGCUGCGGACACAGGAUACCAGGGAGAGGUCCUGUCCAGGCGCUGGAUAUUUGAGAACUGUGCUCUCGACAACAUUGGGGACCCUGAUGACUCGAAAACAUACUUAGAGGGAGAGGGGCGGGCCCCGGGGGAGGAGCAGAAAAAGGUGCCCCCCAGGGUUGCGCAAUCCAUGGCAAGACCUCAGCCCGAGAAUUCUGGAACAACCUCAUUCCAAAUGGAAUGUUCUCUAAACCAAACACAGUCAUGUCCUCUAUUGUCAUCAGACAUCAUUUCAAAAGAUCAAACAGAGGGCAAUGUUGAGGAGGAAAGCAUGGUUAGAGCUGAUGUUCGUUCUACACGCAUGAUGUUUGAAUCUCAGAAAAUCCCUAAACACACAGACAGCCCUCAGAAGGUCUCAACGAUUAAGGUAGUUGUCUCGGAAGAGGAAAGGGGAGCAGUUAAAAAACAAAUGAAAGUUUUUAACUCAAACAAAAAGACAAAACCAGUACUGGAAACACAAAUGGCUGACCUCACGGCUGAAAGUUCCACAAUUGCACAGGAAGAUGACACUGAGGUGUACACGGGGAUCUCAAAGGUUAAAGAUGUCUUCGAGAGAAAAUCAUCUGGUCAAAUAGGCUCCAGUGUUAUGGGCAAAGAAAACAAAGGAUUUGUUUCUGGCAAAUACUUUAAAAAAGCCAAUUGUAAAGAGAGAGAGAAAAAACUAAGUGGGCAAAUCUCUUUGCAGAACAGUUUGGCCACACAAGAGAGUGUCACUGCUCAAGAGGAAAUACAAAAGGCAAAUGUAAAGGACAGAGCCCACCUGUUUGAAUCCAUACCAUUUCACAAAAUUAACUGUAUCGAAGGAGCUAACACAACAGAUAUGAGCAUGAAUGAAAGGCUAAGCUCUCUUUAUCACUUCAGCGUCAUUCACUCAAAUGGAACCAUAGUUGAGUCUGUUGAGGCUGGAGCUGUCAAAAAAGCCACGUUUGACUUUACUUCUGGGAGAUGUCCAGAAAUCCAGAUGGAGGAGGUCAUUACUGGGAAUAUAAAGAAUACUCUACUUCAGAUUUUACACAGGGCACACCUCACAUCCUAUGUAAAGUUUAUAAAGGAAGACGAACAGGGAAAUGUAGAGGUCAAGAGUAUAGACGUGCCUGUCCAUCAGCUUCCAUUUAUCGCACACCAAGACAGAGAAUACAGAACAGUCAAUCUGGUUCAGGUAGUUGAGGAUCUUCUCAACAUAGAUAGCUCUUCGAAGAAGGGCAUUAUUAUCCAAGAGACUUCCCAUGAAGGCACUCAAGUGUCCGUCUACUCCCUCUUCAGUCAUGAGGAACUAGACAUGAAGAGACUUCAAACACAGCAAGAGGAGAACAUGGAGGUUAGCACCCCUGAGGAGACUGAGGAAGAAGUAAAAGGAGAUGUUAAAGGAACCAUUAGAAGCCUUCUGGCCAGUUUCCAGGAGAAAAUAGUUUCUGGCGCAAGCAGAGUUGAAGAAGGUGAGCGAGGAAAUGUGAAACUGUUCAGCAAUUGCAUUGAGAAGGGAGAUUUGGAAUACCUUAAGAGCCUUCAGAAAACACCAUCUGAAGAGGAACUGAACUCACCCUCUGAGGAGGCAAAGGGCCCCAUUAUGGAGGAGAAUGUCUCAGAGAUUGUUCCAGGCAAUGUGAAGAACAUCAAAAAUAUUUUCUCCUGUCAAGCUGAUAUGCACAACCCUAGUUAUUCUCGUGGCAUAAAGGCCGAGACAUUACACAAAGCAAGCGUUUCAGCGUCAAACACUGCAAUAAAAUGUCCACCUGUUGAAACCAUACACAAGAACACUACAGAUAAGGGCAGCUACUCAAUGCCAUGUGGAAAAAUAUCUGAUGUUCCGUUGCGGGACCCACCGGCUAUCAAAGCGAGCACACCUACUACAUGUGAUGAAAACCAAGACAAAGGGAUAAUCCAGCAAGAAGAGUUGGUGGAGGCAGUAGAGGAUGAUCUUUGCAAUCUUCAGGCAGCCAUUUUAAGUCUUCAACAAGCCACAAUGGAGGCAAAAGCACUUCAGCAUAGCAUUCAAGAGAAACAAGAGGCAAGAGUGAAACAGGAAAAGACUCACAUAACAGAGAGGGACAGUUCCAUAGACCAGGACAAUGUCUGGCCUUCUGAGCCACAGCAGAAAGACAGCAGUUUCCCAGUUAGCCCAAAUAGCUUCCCAGUUCAAGACAAGUACACAUCUUCACCAGAUAACCAUUCUGAAAGGGUGGGUAUCAUUGGAGAGAGGCAAGGAACCCCACAGGAAACUAACACUUUGGAACACCAAGCCGAAGGUAAAUGGGAAAUGUGUGAGACUUCAGGGGACAACGGCAUGGCAGCGAUUAAGGAGGGUCAUCUGCAGGAAACUAUCCAGUCCUUACAGGACAGCUCAAGUGAGCGUCCUCCUCCGGAGGAGGAAAAGGAGGAAAUUGUGAAAGGUAACAUCCAGGCAGCGCUCAAGUCUUUGGGCCAGUCUAGUGUUAAUGUUACCCAGGGAGAUUUCAGAGCUGCAAUGAUUUACAGGAAUGCAGGAAAGUCAUAUGAGCUUAGAAAACAAACAGUGCAAAUGGAGAGUGUAGUUAAACACAAUGACGAGUUAGUGACCCGACCUGAUGAUAGUAAAUUAGUGACCCGACCUGAUGAUAGUAAAUUAGUGACCCCACCUGAUGAUAGUAAAUUAGUGACCCCACCUGAUGAUAGUAAAAUAGUGACCCCACCUGAUGAUGGUAAAUUAGUGACCCAACCUGAUGAUAGUAAAAUAGUGACCCCACCUGAUGAUAGUAAAUUAGUGACCCCACCUGAUGAUAGUAAAAUAGUGACCCCACCUGAUGAUGGUAAAUUAGUGACCCAACCUGAUGAUGGUAAAUUAGUGACCCCACCUGAUGAUAGUAACUCAACCCCCACUGCGUCGGCCCCAUUGGACCAGCAGGUGGCUGUCUUAGCAUCAAAUGAAGCUUCUGCAGUAGUUUCCCAUUCAAACCAAUGUAAGACGGAACCAUCUGCAGGCUUAAACACCAAAGGACAACAUCGUCCAACAUCAAAGACUCCUAAGAAGAAGGGUAAGAAGCCUCCUGGGCCAAGACCCGCGAUUCCUCCUAAACCUGAUCACCUGAAAGCAAAACCUGCGGCCGAUAAGGGAAGCGUGUCAUUGUCUUCAUUAAAAAUCGAAAAGCAUGAAGAAAAGCAAGCAGUGGCAGAAACCUGCAAAGAACUUGAAACUAAGAAAAAGCCACGGAAAGAGCUGCCUCAGUCAGAACCUAUGUCUUACAAAGAUGCCCUUUGUAAGGGUAUAAUGAAAUGCCCAGAUGGCAAGGACAUUACACACCAUGAAAGCACAGGCACACCAGAUACCCAUCAGUGUGACACUACUGAAAGAAAGAGAUCAGACAGGUUAGAGCAGGGUGAAGGUGUAAAACAGGCAGACUGUGAGGGGGAAAAGAAAUAUCACGUCAUCAGCAAUAAUCCAGAGGAAGCCUCUGUCUCCCAGCAAGAAGCACAGACAGCCAAUAGUUCUCAAAAGGGAUUACAGGUUUCCUCUGCUAAUACGCAAGCCAGCAAUGAGUUUGUGUCAGGAUUUCAAGCGGAGCUGAAGAAAUUUGCUCCACCUGAAAAGAAUGUGAACAAAAGCAGACCUGUCAAGCCAAAGCGGAUGAAAACGGCUAAAGACAAUGUCAUGAAUGCAACACAAUUGUCUACACCGCAGCAAUGUAACAGUGCUAUGCCAGCCUGCUGUCCUGAAUCCUAUACGGUUACAAAUGAUGGACAGAAACCUGAAGAAGGCAAAGUCGUAAUGAGGGAAAAGAAAGUGAAGAAAGAGAGUGAGCAAGAAAGAAUGCAAAGGCUGUCAGUUCACAGGGAUGAGAUCAUGCGAGGGAAUGAGACAGCAGCGAUGGAGAUUUUCGACAAUCUGCGCAAAAAAGAGGAGCUGAAAAUCAUCCUGUCAAAGGUUGAGGAGAUUGAGGAGGACACAAGUGAAGUAGAUGUGAAGGCUUUGAGGACAAUUUUUGAGAAUGUUCCAGACUGGAUUAGAAUAAAACCAAAGAAGAUCAAACCAAAACAGGCCAAGACUGAUCUUAGAGUGGAGAAGUGUGAGUCUCCAACAAAAGGACCAGAGGUGUCCUCCAUGGCCCUGGCAUUUGGUGACCUUGAGAAAGCAAGCGUUGAGAUUUUGAAUUUGAAAGAGCAAACCCUGGCGAAACUUGUGGACAUUGAGGAAGCCAUUCGAAAAGCUCUCCUCUCCGUUUCCACAUUAAAGUCCGAGUCAGACAUCGCUGGGCUAUCUGGUUUGUUCAAGGAGUCUAUGGCAUCAGCACAGGCAUCUCCUUCCUUCAGUAAUAUCCAAAAGAUCAGCAUAGGCACCAGUAAAUCACAAAAGGCCCAGAGGGGAAAGAAGCAAGCAGCACACGUGAACCAAAGCUCCAGAUCAUCUGGUCUGAAAGAGGGCAAACAGGUACCAAAACUUGAGAUUCCAGCUGUCAAACACAGAGCCACUUCGCCAUCCUCUCCCUCCUUUAUCUCCAUAGAGUCAGGAGUGAGAAAGGAGUCAGACCCUCCUAGUCCCUCUCAGUCACCAACAAGCAGUGUUCAGCAGCGCAGUCCACAGUCAGAGAGAUUCCAGUCUACAAAGGAUCUUAUGAUUAACACUGGCAGAACAGAGGAGAGUAAAAAGAACGAAUGCCCAUACAUAACCAAGGCUCUUAGUCUCAUGGACAACCCUUUCAAUCAAUGUCACGUCAAUGUGCUUGAGGUACAAACAGUGCCCAAGGGAGAAAGUGGGAAGAAAAUGAUCAAAGAAGAACACAAGAAAACAGAUAUUACUCCUCAAAGACCUCCACGGCGGUGACGCCUCAGCCUGAGAUCACCACGUCGUCCAGGUGCCAGACAGUAACCAGCCCAACAAGAUCUGAAGUCGUGACGUAUCCCAAAGUAAACUUACCGGCCUUCGGAGAGGACAGGCUUCCAUUGUGAAGAUGUUAUUACAGAGAGAGGAGAGAGGAAAUGAGACGGAGAUCAGCCUGAGGGAGAGGCAGUCACAAGGCUGUGGUGCCUUAUUACAGUACACUGUGGUGCGAUGGCAUUUGUUUAUUUAUUAUUUUCAUUUUUUAUUUUUACAUUUAUACCAUUUCAUAUUUGUGUCUUUCUUUAUCUCUCCUUCAGAUUUUAGUUUGUUCUCAAUUUUUUGCUGAAAUAAUAAAAAUAGAUUGUGAGAAAAAUGGAUUCUACUUUUUCUGUAUCAGUUGCUUUGUGUAAUUUACUUUCUUAUCUGAUAUCAAAUUCAUUUUCAAAAUACUAAAAUAUAAAUAAUAGGACCAGACAACAUCAUAGAACUACAUCAUGAACUGGCGGUAAAUAUAAAUUAGAAAUAGUAAUGCAUGCUUUGAAAAGGGAAUUCUAGGAGACAUUUAAGUUAAUAAAGACACUAUUGUGGCAGCAUGUUAGAACUAGAAGGCAGGGAUGCAGUACCAUUAAAAGUUUCAUAUCAUAUGGGGUGCAAUCAGCCUCUGUGUCAUCACAACUCAUAACUAAAACAAUGUCA